UAUAUCGCUUUUAGUUUUGACAGUAACUGUAAUAUUGGUUCACAUCAGCAUCUUUGUUAAUUGUUUAGUCAGUUCUAUUAUGAAAAGCGAGAAGUUGGCGACUGAAUUAAGUUCGUGGUUUCCCUUGGAUUCAUCAAUUUCUGGACCUAUUUUGGCCACUUUACACUUCAUUCAAGAUUUUUUAAUAUCUUCUUGUUACUUGGUAACACCUAGCUUAAUUGUUUAUUGUUGUAUAUUUCUUAGCAUGUGCUUUAAAAAUUUAUCCGAUCGCUUAAAAUAUAUAAGGCAAUCUAACCUAAAUGAGUCUUUACGUAAUUUAGAUAAAGUUAAAAUUCGUUACUUCAAGCUAUUCAAUAUUGCAGAAUUGUUGAAUAAGUGCUUUUCUGUCGAACUUUUUAGAAUAUUUACAUCUAACGGUUUAGUUUGUUGCAUCUCGGCAUAUUACAUAGUCACUAUUAAUCAAAAUUUAGACACUAGAAUUAGUUACAUUAUGAAAUUUAUAUUCAUGUUUCUGUUAAUGCUCUUACCUGCUCUCGCAACAACUUCAAUGGCAAACAAGGCAUUUUCGCUCUUUGAUGAAUUAAAUCAAUUUUCCUUUCAAUUACCUCGAGAAGAACGCCAAAGUGUCAUAUCAUUGAUGCUUAUAUGUCAAAAUCAAAGACCAACUUUGACAGGAUGGAGUUUUUUCGACAUAAAUUUAGAUCUCAUUGUAUCCAUUACGGCAACAAUUAUCACAUACACGGUCAUUCUAGUCCAAAGCAACUAGGAUCUUUUUAAUACAGAAGGUAUCUGUAAUUGCCAAGAGAAAUUUUAAUUUAUAAUAGCCGUUAUUUAAAUCCUUUGAAUUAUGUAAAAUUGUUCUCUCGAUUAUUUCCAUACUAAUUAAUAGUAUAUUUAUAGAAUA